GUGUAAAGUAGUUCAACUACUGUGGAAGACAGUGUGGUGAUUCCUCAAGGAUCUAGAACUAGAAUAGCAUUUGACCCAGUGAUCCCAUUACAGGGUAUAUACCCAAAGAUUAUAAAUCAUGCUACUAUAAAGACACAUGCACACCUAAGUUUAUUGCGGCACUAUUCACAAUAGCAAAGAUUUGGAACCAACCCAAAUGUCCAACAAUGAUAGACUGGAUUAAGAAAAUGUGGCACAUAUACACCAUGGAAUACUAUGUAGCCAUAAAAAAUGAUGGGUUCAUGUCCUUAGUUGGGACAUGGAUGAAAUCGGAAAUCAUCAUUCUCAGUAAACUAUCGCAAGGACAAAAAACCAAACACUGCAUGUUCUCACUCAUAGAUGAGAAUUCAACGAGAACACAUGGACGCAGGAAGGGGAACAUCACACUUUGGGGUCUGUUGUGGGGUCGGGGGAAGAGGGAGGGAUAGCAUUAGGAGAUAUACCUAAUGCUAAAUGACGAGUUAAUGGGUGCAGCACAGCAGCAUGGCACAUGUAUACAUAAGUAACUAAGCUGCACAUUGUGCACAUGUACCCUAAAACUUAAAGUAUAAUAAUAACUGAAUAAAAAGAAGUUCUUACGGGAAGUGUCCAUAUUUUUAAUAAGCAUUUUAUUUCUUCACAAAAAAAAAAAGAAAUUGGAACAAAGAAGACAUGAACAGACAAUUCCUAAUCAUUUUUAAGUGUCCACUUUGUGUUUUACUUACCACUUUGAAGGCUUUCUUGCCUAUACCAGGACAAACUCAGUUCUUUAUCCCUUUUCCGAAUUUUCCUGGUACUUUUACUUUGAAUAUAGCGCUUAAUUAACAUUGUACCUUAUACCUAGGACUAACACACCAUAAAUUCCCAGAAGACAAAGUAGGGGAAUACAAUAACAGGAUAUAGAAUUUUAACAGCCAAAUUAGAAUGAAUUUAUGGGUGACCUUUAUUGGGCAAAAGAAAAUGUUAAGUUAGUAUAAGGUUUAGUAUAAGCUACCAUCCCAAAACUCAGGGUCUCACUGGAGGAGAAAGUGACUCCAGGUAGAAUCCCUCAGGAAGACAUUCACUUCCAUCAUUCGCUGAACCAGGACCUUUGGACAGCCUCGGAUUGCACCCGCAUAUCCAAGGACACCACAUCCACAUCAGCGGACAAGUCAUAAAUAGCCUUGGGAAUACGCGGAAAGGUCAAACUUACCUAAACAAUUAAAUUAUCUUUUAAAUUUUAAGGAAACACAAAUAUGCUUUCGCUAUAGGUAGGGCAUUUGAGAGCAAAAUGUAUUAAUACUUUGAAUCCGCCAAACAGACACAAUCUGGGUUUGACCGUUCUCUCCGGGUAAAGGUGAAGGCUGACCACGGGAGCCGCUCUCCCUCCAGGCCCCAGCCACGUCCUCACCCAGGUUCCCGUCCUGCACCGCGCCGCAAGUCCCCCAGCGUUCAGCGCCACCCGGCCCUCCUAGCCCCGCCGCCGUCCCCCUCCCCCGCCCUGGCUCUCUUUACGCGCUGCUGUCAGCCUCGGCGUCCCACAGAGAGGGCCACAGGCUUAGCAGAGAUUGCCCGCAGAGGAUAUGCGACCCCUCCCCAGCUCGCAGCGACGGCGCACGCAAGGGUCACGGAGCAUGCGUCGGAUACCCGGCGCCGGCGACCGCUCCCACCCCGCCUAGCGCAGUGCCCCCUCCUUCCGCAGCCCAACCGCCCCUUCCCGCCCCGCCCCGCCCCAUCCCGCCCACGGGCCCCAGUGGGCGGGACCAGAGGAGUUCCGCGUUCGGGGAGUAUGUCAAGGCCGUGACCCCUGUAUUAUUGUCCGAGUGGCCGGAACGGGAGCCAACAUGGCAGCGGGGUUCGGGCGAUGCUGCAGGGUCCUGAGAAGUAUUUCUCAUUUUCAUUGGAGAUCACAGCAUACAAAAGCCAAUCGACAACGUGAACCAGGAUUAGGAUUUAGUUUUGAGUUCACCGAACAGCAGAAAGAAUUUCAAGCUACUGCUCGUAAAUUUGCCAGAGAGGAAAUCAUCCCAGUUGCUGCAGAAUAUGAUAAAACUGGUGAAUAUCCGGUCCCCAUAAUUAGAAGAGCCUGGGAACUUGGUUUAAUGAAUACACACAUUCCAGAGAACUGUGGAGGUCUUGGACUUGGAACUUUUGAUGCUUGUUUAAUUACUGAAGAAUUGGCUUAUGGAUGUACAGGGGUUCAAACUGCUAUUGAAGGAAAUUCUUUGGGGCAAAUGCCUAUUAUUAUUGCUGGAAAUGAUCAACAAAAGAAGAAGUAUUUGGGGAGAAUGACUGAGGAGCCAUUGAUGUGUGCUUAUUGUGUAACAGAACCUGGAGCAGGCUCUGAUGUAGCUGGUAUAAAGACCAAAGCAGAAAAGAAAGGAGAUGAGUAUAUUAUUAAUGGUCAGAAGAUGUGGAUAACCAACGGAGGAAAAGCUAAUUGGUAUUUUUUAUUGGCACGUUCCGAUCCAGAUCCUAAAGCUCCUGCUAAUAAAGCCUUUACUGGAUUCAUUGUGGAAGCAGAUACCCCAGGAAUUCAGAUUGGGAGAAAGGAAUUAAACAUGGGCCAGCGAUGUUCAGAUACUAGAGGAAUUGUCUUCGAAGAUGUGAAAGUGCCUAAAGAAAAUGUUUUAAUUGGUGACGGAGCUGGUUUCAAAAUUGCAAUGGGAGCUUUUGAUAAAACCAGACCUACAGUAAGUAAUGUAGCUGCUGGUGCUGUUGGAUUAGCACAAAGAGCUUUGGAUGAAGCUACCAAGUAUGCCCUGGAAAGGAAAACUUUUGGAAAGCUACUUGUAGAGCACCAAGCGAUAUCAUUUAUGCUGGCUGAAAUGGCAAUGAAAGUUGAACUAGCUAGAAUGGGUUACCAGAGAGCAGCUUGGGAGGUUGAUUCUGGUCGUCGAAAUACCUAUUAUGCUUCUAUUGCAAAGGCAUUUGCUGGAGAUAUUGCAAAUCAGUUAGCUACUGAUGCUGUGCAGAUACUUGGAGGCAAUGGAUUUAAUACAGAAUAUCCUGUAGAAAAACUAAUGAGGGAUGCCAAGAUCUAUCAGAUUUAUGAAGGUACUUCACAAAUUCAAAGACUUAUUGUAGCCCGUGAACACAUUGGCAAGUAUAAAAAUUAAAAAAAUUACUGUAGAAACUUGAAUAACUAGAACACAAGCCACUGUUUCAGCUCCAGAAAAGAGAAAGGGCUUUAACGUUUUUUCCAGUGAAAAUAAAAAUAAAUCCUCUUAUAUUAAAUGUAAGCAAGUGCUUAUUAUAGUAGUUUAUACUUUUGCUUAAUUCUGUUAUGUCUCUUAAGCAGGUUUGGUUUUUAUUAAAAUGAUGUGUUUUCUUUAGUACCACUUUACUUGAAUUACAUUAACCUAGAAAAGUACACAUGUUAUUUUGAUCUCUUAAGAUUAAUGUAGCAGAAAUUUCUUGGAAUUUUAUUUUUGUAAUGACAGAAAAGUGGGCUUAGAAAGUAUUCAAGAUGUUACAAAAUUUACAUUUAGAAAAUAUUGUAGUAUUUGAAUACUAUCAACUUGACAGUGACUUUGUAGACUUAAUGGUAUUAUUAAAGUUCUUUUUACUGCAGUUUGGAAAGCAUUUGUGAAACUUUCUGUUUGGCACAGAAACAGUCAAAAUUUUGACAUUCAUAUUCUCCUAUUUUACAGCUACAAGAACUUUCUUGAAAAUCUUGUUUAAUUCUGAGCCCAUAUUUCACUUACCUUAUUUAAAAUAAUAAAGCUUGCCUUAAAUUAUUUUUAUAUGACUGUUGGUCUCUAGGUAGCCUUUGGUCUAUUGUACACAAUCUCAUUUCAUAUGUUUGCAUUUUGGCAAAGAACUUAAUAAAAUUGUUCAGUGCUUAUUAUCA